UGGAAAUUGACUCUAUUUUAGAUUUGGCAAGUAAUGUCCUCAACGCCACGCCGGUAUCUGGCCAUCUCUAUCUACUUGCACCGGCGAAAAGAAACGUCUGGAUCCAUCCGUUGAGCUUUCGGUAGCUUGCUCAAUAGAUCCCACGCACGUCUAGAAACGAAUACAAAGCACUUUGGAGUGGUUGCAGCUACUUUUGCCGCCUUGACGUCAUCUAGCCUUCUGAGCUCGCACGAUUUGCGGUCUCUUCCGGUCUGCUGGCAUGCUGAUUGGCAUCUAGAUCCGGCUCGCCGGUUUUCGCUCCGACAGGACUAGCUGCCACAGGCUCGCGGCUGAAAGACCUUCCAUUUCACUAUCCACAGCCAAGAAGGCGGCCCCUCUGGCUCCUCGGGGCAUACUGGGAAAUAAGUAUCUCAACAGCAAGUUCCACUUUUGCGGCAACCUUCGGGUGCGAUUUGUGACCCCCACAACUUCCAAGUAUAUCGCAUCAGGGGUUACGUUGUCGUUGACAUCCAAGUGACCUAUUUACUAUUUAUACGUACCGUUACCCCGACACGCAUCGGCAAAAGGUUUGCGACUGCCCCAAGACUCCGCACCGGUGUCCAGACCCUACAGCAUCGGCAAUCGUUGGAAAUAUCCGGCCCACGCGGAUUAUUCUGAGCCGACUUACGGGAAGCAACAUCAAGUACCCUUAGGCUACACUGCCGCUUGCAGAGAUGACGGUCCUUGAUAUGAACAAGGACCUGGCGGCGCUGUUCUGCAAACAGGCAGCCGCGACGCCUGACGCUGUAGCUCUGGAAGACGAGACCACGACAUUGACGUAUGCGGAGCUGGAGAGGCAAACCGGCCUUCUUGCCAACCGCUUGCGACAACAGGGUGUUGGCAGAGACAGCCUCGUCGGCGUGCUGCUGGGACGCAGCGCCGACUACGUCAUUGCCUGUCUCGCCGCCCUCCGCGCGGGCGGUGCAUUCCUGGUCCUCGAACUCGCAUAUCCUCCUCAGCUUCUCUGUGAUGUUAUUGACGACGCCAACCCAACCGUUGUGGUAACUCACAGAGCCCACGCCGGUUUGAUCAAGCCUGAAAUUCCCCUUGUGGUUCUUGACGAGCCCAACGCUACCCCUGAGGACUCUGCACAACCUACUGGCGAUGCCAACCAAGAAUUGCCUGCCGACGAUGACCUCGACCGCCUUGCAUUCGUGUGCUACACAUCAGGCACGACAGGGCGUCCUAAGGGAAUCGCCAACCCGCACAGGGCCCCUGUUCGCUCUUACAGCUUAAGAUUCGAGCUGAGUGAUCUCAAGCCGGGCGACCGCGUGGCGUGCAAUGUCUUCUUCAUCUGGGAGAUACUGCGUCCUCUGCUGCGAGGAGCUACCGUUGUGGCCGUGCCCGACAACGUGAGCUACGACCCAGUUGCUCUUGUCGAUUUGUUAGCAUCUCGGAAAAUUACCGAGACACUGAUGACGCCGACUCUCCUGGCCACAGUCCUCUCUCGGCACUCGAAGCUUGGAGACCGCCUUCCCGACCUGCGCACACUCUGGUUGAAUGGCGAGGUUGUCAUGGCGGAUCUGGCGCGCCGCACCCUCAGUGCACUUCCCAACACCCGGUUGCUGAACUGCUACAGCGCCAGCGAAACGCACGAAAUCGCCUGUGGCGACAUUAGGGAGAUGCUCACCGAGGACGCCUCCGUCUGUCCCGUUGGGCCUCCUCUGGAUCCCAAGCAUACCUACAUCCUCGACGAAAAUUUCCAGAAAGUCGAGCCUGGCUCUAGUGGCGAGCUUUUCCUCGGUGGCCAUCUCCUUGCCCGGGGUUAUCUCAACCUGCCCGAAACCACAGCCAAAUCAUUCCUACCCGAUGCCUUCGACCUGGCCCCAGGUGCUCGGAUGUACCGAACUGGCGAUCUGGCCAGAAUCCUCCCCUCGGGCUUGUUGGAGAUCACAGGUCGAGUCGGAGGCAUGAUAAAAGUACGCGGCUACAGCGUUCAGCCUGGAGCAGUGGAGAGCGUUGUGAUGAAGCAUCUGGCCGUCAGGCACUGCGCAGUGGUCUCCCAUGGGGAGGGCCUCAAGCGCCAGCUGGUUUCCUAUUUUGUCAGAGACAAGGAAAAUCCCGGUGACCGUGUCGACCCUAUCGUGCAAGAGUCAGGUUACAGCCCUGUGGCCCGGAAGACGUUGUCGGCCCAUCUCGCCCACUACAUGAUUCCUGCGCUGUGGAUCGAACUGACUGAGCUGCCCACGCAUGAGGUUUCAGGGAAGAUUGACCUCAAAAGACUACCUGGACCAUCAGGGAGCAAGACAAAUGGCAACGGGCGUCAGCAGGAGCGCAAUAAGGAAGUCAAGGUGGAAACCAUCAUCCAGAACUGGGCUGCCUCAUUGGAUCUCCCUCCCAGUGUUAUUACACCGGAGCAUGACUUCUUUGAUCUUGGAGGUCACUCCUUGGCUCUGGCUGACCUGGCGCGUCGUCUCUCCGAUGCCUUUGGGUUUCCGGUGCCGGUGGCUCGCCUCGCCGGACGACCGACCCUUGACGGCCAUGUGGAAGUCGUCCGCGCUGCACGCGAUGGCCACACUGCGGCCAUCCAGGCCGACCUACCUGCGGUCCUCAAGGCUGAUUCCAUCCUUCCCGAUGACAUCAAGCCUACUAAAACCGCCAUGUGCCCGCUGAAUGAGGCUAAGACUAUCCUGCUCACCGGUGUGACUGGCUAUCUUGGCGCGUUCCUCCUGAAGUCUUUGAUAGAGAACACAUCUGCUCGCAUUCUUUGCCUUGUCCGUUUUGCUCGACCUUCCCACGGCACGGAAUCCCGCGGUAUGGCGAGAAUUCGCCAAAACCUCCUUGACCUGGGCAUAUGGGAUCCGUCCAUCAUGGAUAGAGUUGAGGUGGUGCCCGGAAACCUGGGUCGAAAGGGCCUCGGGCUCUCUGACGAGGACUUUAAUGAGUUGGCUUCCGACCUCGACGUGAUUAUUCACGCUGGCGCCACUGUCAACUUGGUGUACCCCUACGCAGCCAUGCGCACUGCCAACGUCGGUGGCACCAAGGAGAUCCUGCGACUCGCGAGCCGAAGCGGUGCGACUGUUCACCAUGUCUCGACUAACGGUGUGCUUCCACCGUCCUCGGAAGGCUGGUCAGAGGAUACGAUCUUGGACGUGGAAGAAGUCGCAGAGAAGCUCCUGGACGGUUACGGCCAUACCAAGUGGGUUGCUGAACAACUCGUACUUGAGGCUGGCCGACGAGGCUUGCCUGUGAAGAUCUACCGCCCCGGUACAAUCAGUGGUCAUAGUGUUCUGGGAUCGACCAACACGUAUGAUCUUCUGACGGCACUGUUCGUUGAAUCGAUCCACCUCGGUCACGCGCCUGAUAUCCCGAAUUGGCUUGCAGAGAUGACGCCGGUGGACUUUGUGAGCCAAGCCAUCAUCACUCUGUCCAACCAUGUUGAUACUGAUCAGAAAAUCUACCAUAUCGGAGACCCCAAGCCGGUGACGGCCACGGAGCUUCUUGACGAUCUGGCUGGUCUCGGAUAUCCAACCGACCUGAUGGGCUGGGAUGAAUGGGUCGCAAACUGGAACGAGAGGAGAGGGAACCCCGGUACUAGUGGCGACGAUUCCUUCACUGCUGGCAUUCUUCGCCGUGGUAUGCCCGAGGUCGAGUUCCUUCGAGCCGUCACAGUCCUAAACGAUGCAAAGACGCAGUCAGUGCUAGAUCUUUACGACGUUAAGCGCCCGAAGAUCGACAGCAAAUUGUUCGAGACGUACACUCGCGAUUGGUACGCCCGCGGUUGGCUUUCCCAUCCGCCUCGUCGUGAUGGUGUGGCGCUCCGCGUCCGGGCCAAGGGACCUCUAUCUGGCAAGGUGGCCGUCGUCACUGGAGCGUCGUCAGGAAUCGGUGCUGCUGUGGCUACUGCUCUGAGCAAGGAAGGUGUCCAUGUGGCUCUUGCAGCUCGACGAACAGAAGCCCUCGAUGCCCUGAAGGCAAAGAUCGCCACGAACGGAACCAAGGUGAUCGUCCACAAGACGGAUGUCACCGACAAAGCUCAGGUUGAGUCGCUCAUCAAGACGGCCAGCGAGGAGCUGGGACCUGUUGAUAUCCUUGUCAGCUGUGCAGGCGUCAUGUACUUCACCAUGAUGGCCAAUGUGCAGACGGACGAGUGGGAGCGCACGGUCGACGUCAAUUGCAAGGGAUUGCUUCACUGUCUUUCGUCUACAGUUCCGUCAAUGCUUUCUCGUGGCAAGGGGCACAUCGUCGCCAUUUCGUCUGACGCCGGCAGAAAGGUGUUCCCUGGACUUGGCGUCUAUUCGGCCAGCAAGUUCUUCGUUGAGGCUACGCUGCAGAGUCUUCGUGUCGAGACGGCCGGCACUGGGCUCCGGGUAACAUCUGUCCAGCCAGGUAAUACCGCAACGGAACUUCUCGGCAUGUCAACGGAUCAGGAGGCCAUCAAGAAGUAUGGUGAGCCAACGGGGGCCAAGGUUCUCGACGCCGAGGACGUGGCCAACUCGAUCGUGUAUGCGCUGCGCCAGCCCGAGCAUGUGGCUGUCAACGAGGUCUUGAUUGAGCCCCGCGACGAACCCAUCUAGAAAGGAUAUUUAAAACAAGAAUAUAGAGGAAAAGACUGUAGAAUCGAGCGUCAUCAGGAAAUUCAUAUAAUGUACAUUCUUUAGUUUAGAGUCCCGGUCCAUUACAGCUGAACGGGACCCCUUAAGACAAGAAAACUGACUUGCAACUUACCACUCGGACAGCUAGCUCGUGAUUUUCUAGAGCUAUCGCAAACGCCAGUAUACACUUAAUUUUGACUGUACACCCGAGGAUCUUCUCGUUCUUUUCAC